GACCCCCCAUCCCAGAUGUCCCCAGGACUACAACUCCCAUCACGCCGCGCGGCCACGCCCCCACCACACCCAUCCUAGACCACGCCCACAAAUAAACCACACCUCUACCAUACACAUCCCACUGGGCGUGGCCGGUGGGCGUGGCCUGCCGGGGGCGUGUCCGGGGGCGGGGCGGGGGCGCCGCUCCCCCUUUGUUGGUGUCGGCGGGGCCCGAGCGGCGGCGGGGCCGGCCCGGUAUGGGCGACCAGGGCGCCGGGCAGGAGUCUCUGCGGAAGAUCAUCACCACCCUCGCCGUGAAGAAUGAGGAGAUCCAGAACUUCAUCUACUCCCUCAAGCAGAUGAUCCAGAAUGUGGAGGCCAACUCUGCACGGGCACAGGAGGACCUGGAGGCCGAGUUCCAGUCUCUGUACUCGCUGCUGGACGAGCUCAAGGAGGACAUGGUGAUGAAGAUCAAGCAGGAGCGCGCCAGCCGCACCUACGAGCUGCAGGCCCAGCUCGCCGCGUGUUCCAAGGCCCUGGAGAGCUCGGAGGAGCUGCUGGAGGCGGCCAACCAGGCCCUGGGCGCUGCCAACCACCACGACUUCUCCCAGGUGGGGGGCCCUGCCCGGCUGCCCCCCGCGCUGGGCGGGGUCCUGACACCCCCCCAGGCUGGCUGGUUGAUGCCCCCCCCGGGAUGGGCACUCCCCUGGGAUGGGCACCCCCUGGGAUGGGCACCCCCCUUUCUGUCUGUGCCGGGCUGGCUGUGGGGCUGGGGGGGAGCACGAGGAGCGUGUGCUGUGGGCUGCAGGGAUGCUGUGGGAUGCUGUGGGAUACGGGGCUGCUGUGGGAUACAGGGAUGCUGUGGGAUGCAGGGACAUGCUGUGGGAUUCUCUGGGAUGCUGUGGGAUGCAGGGACUCUAUGGGGUGCUGUGGGAUGCUGUGGGAUGCAGGGACACGCUGUGGGAUGCUGUGGGAUACAGGGAUGCUCUGGGAUGCUGUGGGAUGCAGGGACAUGCUGUGGGAUGCAGGGACAUGCUGUGGGAUUCUCUGGGAUGCUCUGGGAUGCUGUGGGAUGCAGGGACUGUAUGGGGUGCUGUGGGAUGCUGUGGGAUGCAGGGGACAUGCUGUGGGAUGCUCUGGGAUGCAGGGACAUGCUGUGGGAUGCUGUGGGAUGCUCUGGGAUGCUGUGGGAUGCUCUGGGAUGCUCUGGGAUGCUCUGGGAUGCAGGGACACGCUGUGGGAUGCAGGGACACGCUGUGGGAUGCUGUGGGAUGCAGGGAUGCUGUGGGAUGCAGGGACAUGCUGUGGGAUGCUGUGGGAUGCUGUGGGAUGCAGGACACGCUGUGUGCUGCUGUGCCACGGGCUGCAGGGGGCUGUGCCCGGGGGGUCCCGCAUGCUGCCCCCCCUCCCUGGCUCUGCAGUUCUCACCUGCUUCUUCUCUCCUGCUCUUCCCUCUGCGCUCACAAGGCGGCAAACAGAUCAAGGAUAGCGUGACGAUGGCACCCGCCUUCCGCCUCUCGCUCAAGGCCAAGGUGAGCGACAACAUGAGCCACCUGAUGGUGGAUUUUGCCCAGGAACGGCGCCUGCUCCAGGCCCUCACCUUCCUGCCAGUGCCCAGCGCGCCCGAGAUCGACCUGGCGGAGUCGCUGGUGGCCGAUAACUGCGUGAGCCUGGCAUGGAGGAUGCCCGAGGAGGGCGGCAAGAUCGACCACUACGUGCUGGAGUAUCGCAGGACCAACUUCGAGGGGCCCCCCCGUGCCAAGGAGGACCAGCCCUGGAUGGUCAUCGAGGGCAUCAAGGGCACCGAGUACACCCUGUCCUGGCCGAGGUUUGACAUGAAGUACAUCAAUUUUGGGCACCGGGGCUGUACCAGCAGCUGGGUGGCAGUGCCAGGCUGUGCAGGGGACACGGAGGUGGCAGUGCCUGUCUCAUACCCUACUCUGUGACCCCGCUGUGCCCACA